CAGACAGAACGCAUUCUUGAUAUUUUCUAGAGAUGUCUGAGAGCACUUCUGUGUAUGUGAACUACCAUGAGCAGGGAGGAGAGUGCAUACAGACCGUGGCGGAAAGUGUGGGUGCUUCUCGAAUCACUAACACACAGAGGAUGCUACAAACACCAAGAAGAGGACUCAAUGCUAAACGGAGGACAUUUUACAGCCUGACUACUCUGUUUGUGCUGCUGAUGCUGAUUGUCGCCACAGUGCUGGGUGUCAAAUUCAACAACCUGACAUCAGUAAACAAGCAGCUACAGAGCAGUUACAACAACCUGACUAGAGAGAGAGACCAGCUACAGAACAGUUACAUCAACCUGACUAUAGAGAAAGACCAGUUACAGGCCAGUUAUAACAACCUGUCUAUAGAGACAGACCAGUUACAGAAGGAGAGAGAUGGAUACCAGAAAACACUUUGUGAUUUAUAUGAAUGGAAGUGUUUCAGUUCCAGCUCCAGUUUUUUUGUCAUGUCUAAUGAGAACAAGAACUGGGAGGAGAGCAGAAAGGACUGCAGGGACAAAGGAGCAGACCUGCUGAUUAUAAACAGCAAAGAGGAACAGGAGUUCAUUGUUAAACAGCUGGGCAAUUUUGAUGCUUGGAUUGGUCUGAGUGACAGAGAUAUAGAAGGAGAGUGGAAAUGGGUGGACGGCACACCACUGACCACAGAGUACUGGGAUAAAGAUGAACCAAAUAAUGAUGGUGAUGAGGACUGUGCUGCGAUUUACGCUUCAUCUGAGACUGUCUGGAAUGACAGGAAAUGUUCUGAUGUAUUACCAUGGAUCUGUGAGAAACUUCUUUCUUAAUAAUGUGUAUCAUUUUAAAUCAAAACUGCUUAUACAUAAAUUGAGUUAAUUAUAAACAAUAUCAAAGACAAUAUUUGGAUGAUAAAUGUGUUUCAAUGUUUGCUUUUGUUUAGUGGCAGGCUGUCAGGGCCAGCAAGGCCUUCUCUGCUGGCAUAAACAGCAGUGAACUGAAUCACUGACUUGCAUUUUAAUAUAUUUAAUAUAUUUUUCCAUGAAUGUGUAUUAAAUUAUUCCCAAUAGUGUAUUAUCUACAUUUCAUAGCUUUUCUCUCGGUUUCGCAGCUUCCACUAGUGUAUAUUUAUGAUAAGAGUAUAUAUCCAAUCAUAUUUCAGUUAGUGGCUGACAUCAUGUGUUGCCCGGCCAUAAGGCCUUCAGAAUCAAUAGUGCAGGCGCCCGUAGCUUAAAAUAAGUGGCAAUGAAAUUGUUACCUUAACCAAUCAGAUUUCAAAUUGGCAUCACUGGGGCCAUCUAGCAGGCAUACGAUUACGUCAGCAAUUUCCCGUCCUUUGAUUGGAUAAUUGGAGUAGUCAGAGGCAGCGACCCACCCAUAUACAUUAUUUCUAUGUUUGCUGUGUCUCAUUUCGGAUGCUGCGUCCUCCAGAGAUUGCAGUUUGCUGCAUACGGCAUCAAGAAUGUCUUUUUUAAAGUAACCGUAAUAAAAUGGACUAUUCCUUGUGCGGUGUGAAACAAUGUAGACUAAUUUCUUUUUUACUUUGCUAUUUAAGGGUUAAUUAGUAUCUAUUGCCGUGUCGUCCAGGGGCGAUUCUAGAAUUUUGGAAUCGGGAAGAGCCGAAGUCUGCCGCCGUUUUCAUAUGAAACUUAAAGGGGACUGAGGCGAUCACCAAUUUGUAUACAGUUUAUGAAGAAUCACAGAAUUUUAGGAGGGCUGAGUAGAAAAUGGCCUAGUGACGCCCAUGGUGGCAUCAUAAUGAUGGUAUAGAGGUGGAUUAAUUCAGGAAGGACACCAGUGAAGGUCUAGGUCUGAAAUGCACGGCCUGCCACUGGUUUUAUCUGUAAUCACUUACUGAUACAAAGUGCACAGAGACUGUUCAUGUUUUUUUUCUUUAUCUAUAUAAUAGAUUUCUUGUAUAUUUUUUCUGAUUCUAAUGUAAUGUAAAUUUGUAGCUCAUGAUGAUGGAAGCAGUAUAAUUGAAAUAAUUUAAGUAAUUUAGGUAUUUAAAGUCCAUCUCAGUUUCUCUGACUCUGUUAACUCUGAUAAACUUGCACUCAGUCACCCAUGUAUAUUGUAUUGCUUCUGGAGUGAUGUGCAAUGACUAUAAAGGGGUUUGUUCCUAAUUUGCAGGUCAUUUUCUGGUCAAAGGUCUUUUCUUUUUUUGGAUUUAUUCAUUAUUAGUAAAAUUCAU